GCCCUGCGCACACACAGCGCUCCUCAGAGACUGACCCGCACCAGAGAGAGAGAAGCGAUAUUUGUGUAUUAUUUAUGAUCUGAUGAUUUCCACACCGUCGGACCGAUCGAAGCUCUUCCGUCACCGAAGCCGAAGCCGAAGCCGUUGAUAGCGAUGGAGAACUCUCCCUCCCCGCUGCCCGAGAGAGCGAUCUACGGGUUCGUGCUGUUCCUGGGCUCUCACUGCGGCUUCUUGCUGUAUGUGGUGUGGGCUUCUGUUCCUGACGACUGGCUUCAUUCUGCCGGAUUGACCUACUGGCCUCAGAAAUACUGGGCUCUGGCGGCUCCCAUUUACAUGCUGGUCACUUUAACCACCUGCUUUGUGCUGCUGUUCGGGGUGAAUAUGAUGAACACGGCGCCACUCGCAUCAGUGGACAACAUCACAGACCGCUAUGCCAAGAGUCAGCGCACGGAUGAGGAUCCAGCAGGAGCCAUUCCCACAUUUCCCAGACUCAGAGACGUUCCCAUCAGCCAAAUAAACCGUGUGUUUUACCUGGAUCCCCACGAGCACUGAGUGUGUGUGUGUGUGUGACACGAAUAAACUGUGUAUUUCACCUAGAACCCUGCGAGCACUGAGUGUGUGUGUGUGUGUCUGUCAUCAGGGCAGGCGUGUGGCGUUUGCUCAGGCUUUAGAUGGUCAGAUCCAUCAGAUGUGUGUGACAGCCCUGAGAUGUGACUUUCAGAUGAACCCGAGCGCCCGUCGUGACCCGCUGACCCCCGAUAUGAAGACUUCAAAUAAAGCCAAUAAAACAUCAGUGUGUUUCACGUCUCUCAGAUACUGAUGUGACGUUUGCUGCGGUCGUGUGACUGCUGAACUAUAACUCGUUUCUCUAGUUCACACUUGCAUAUAAUUAGAGGGAGAUAUUUGAAUGCAUAUUUGGCAUGCUGUCCGGGGGAAGAAGGGCUUCGAGGUCAGUACUCCCUCGUCCUGCCCCCGGUCUGCGAGUGCUUAUGACGAGAAGCGAGGAGAACGGGGCGGUGGAGGGAUGCAGCGAGCUGAGGCUUCUGGGAUAUAUACACCUCUCCUCGCUGACUGCUGAUCGCGCUCCUCUCGUGUUCAUUUUCUGCGUGUGCUCCUCCUGAACUUUGUUAAUAAAAAAACAUCAUUUAUUGUCUGUCUUUGUAUCUUAUGUUGGUUAAAAUUUACAAUAAAAAUCAUUGAAAUAA